AUGACCGCAAUGGGUAUCAGGCUCCCUCAUAUCUUCGGGAUUGCUUUUGACAGCUUUGGUCUCAACUUGGGACCUGUAACAACUAGUGACAAACUUUGGAAUGUUGAAAACGUCCGCCUGGUAGACCGAGCAUCUUCUAAAAAAGCGGUCCUAGGGACUUUGUAUUUGACAGCUACUCAUGUCAUAUUCGUGGAAAACACACCUGACACAAGAAAAGAAACGUGGAUUCUUCACAGUCAGAUUUCUACGAUUGAAAAGCAGGCAACAACGGCUACCGGAUGCCCUCUGCUCAUCCGCUGCAAGGACUUCCAGAUAGUACAGCUGGUCAUACCACAGGAGAGAGACUGCCAUGACGUGUACGUCUCUCUGAUACGCCUCACGAGGCCAGUGAAAUACGAGGAGCUAUACUGCUUUUCAUUCAACCCCAAGCUCGAUAAAGAAGAGAGAGAACAAGGCUGGAUGCUGGUCGACCUAGGUGAAGAGUACAAGAGGAUGGGCCUCCCUAAUAACUACUGGCAGCUCAGUGAUGUGAAUAGAGACUACCGAGUCUGUGACUCCUACCCCUCGGAACUGUACGUUCCCAAAUCAGCCACGGCACACCUCAUCGUGGGGAGCUCCAAAUUCCGGAGUAGACGGCGAUUUCCUGCCCUUUGUUACUACUAUAAAGAUAACCAUGCCUCCAUCUGCCGGAGCAGCCAGCCCCUGUCCGGCUUCAGCGCCCGCUGCCUGGAGGACGAGCAGAUGCUCCAAGCCAUCCGGAAAGCCAAUCCGGGAAGCGACUUCAUUUAUGUUGUGGACACUCGGCCUAAACUUAACGCGAUGGCAAACCGCGCGGCAGGGAAAGGCUAUGAGAAUGAAGACAAUUAUUCCAACAUCAAGUUUCAGUUUAUUGGGAUAGAGAACAUCCACGUCAUGAGGAAUAGCCUGCAGAAAAUGCUGGAAGUGUGUGAGCUUAAGUCUCCCUCAAUGAGUGAUUUCCUGUGGGGACUGGAGAACUCUGGCUGGCUAAGGCACAUCAAGGCCAUCAUGGAUGCAGGGAUCUUCAUCGCAAAGGCAGUUUCCGAGGAAGGAAUAAGCGUGCUUGUUCACUGUUCCGAUGGCUGGGAUAGGACGGCACAGGUGUGCUCGGUGGCCAGCCUCCUGCUGGAUCCGCACUACCGGACGCUGAAGGGCUUCAUGAUAUUAAUUGAAAAGGACUGGAUUUCCUUUGGUCAUAAGUUUAAUCACAGAUACGGCAAUCUAGACGGCGACCCAAAGGAGAUCUCCCCAGUUGCUGACCAGUUCAUUGAAUGUGUUUGGCAGCUGAUGGAACAGUUUCCCUGUGCCUUUGAGUUCAAUGAGAGGUUUCUGAUUCAUGUUCAACAUCACAUUUAUUCCUGCCAGUUUGGAAACUUCCUAUGUAACAGUCAAAAGGAGAGAGAAGAACUCAGAAUUCAGGAAAGAACCUACUCUCUCUGGGCUCACCUGUGGAAGAACCGAGCUGACUACCUGAACCCUCUGUUUAGAGCUGAUCACAGUCAGACCCAGGGAACGCUGCAUCUUCCUGCGACACCGUGCAACUUCAUGUACAAGUUCUGGAGUGGCAUGUAUAACCGCUUUGAAAAGGGGAUGCAGCCCCGACAAUCGGUUACAGACUACCUUAUGGCAGUGAAGGAGGAGACGCAGCAGCUGGAGGAAGAACUGGAGACUCUAGAAGAAAGGCUGGAAAAAAUUCAGAAAGUCCAGUUAAAUCGCACGGAAGUGAAGAGUAAGCAGAGUGAACCCGGAAGACACUCUGGGUUUUCCACCUCAGACAACAGCAUGGCCAACACGCCCCAGGACUACAGUGGAAAUAUGAGAUCAUUUCCCUCCAGGAGCCCUUCACAAGGAGACGAGGAUUCCGCUCUGAUCCUAACCCAAGACAACUUGAAGAGCUCAGACCCAGAACUGUCGGCCAACAGCGAUCAGGAGUCCGGGGUGGAGGACCUCAGCUGCCGGUCUCCCAGCGGUGGGGAGCGGGCAACGAGUGAAGACAGCAGCAAGGACCGGGAUUCUGACGAGGCAGUGUUCCUCACCGCGUGAAGCUUCCCCUUGGGGUCCCAGGACAAAAGACACCCAGCAAACACUUCCAAAAAUAUGGGAACUGUGCAAUUCACAAUAAGAAAUAUCUCAAGAAAAGGGCCCUGUCAUCAGGAAUUACAAAAUAUAGCUGUAAAAAGGGAAAAGAUGGCCAACUUUUAGUUUCGUUAGGUAUCAAAGAACAGGAAAUAGCCAUUUCUGUCAUCAGAUGUAAGGAAAAUUAUUUCAGAAGUCACUGCAGACUCUGAAAAUUUUAUUUGGUACAGAGCAGUUACGUCUACCAUCUCCUGAGGUUACAAAAAGAAGUCUUCUUGUCUUAGCAUGCAUCCGCUCACAGGGCCCCAAGCCCUUUCUGUUCUACCGUUUUCAUCUUUAACCUUUCCCCUUAUCUCAUUUCCAGGUCUAUAUUUUGUGUUUUCUAAAACAUUUGACAUUCUCUUCCUUUCUGACUUUGUUAUCAGUAUUUGUAAAAACAGAGCACCUUGUUGAGAUACACCCUUUUGGUUAACAGACAGAUCCCUGUAACUGAGGAGCUUUGUAAUGGCUUAAGCUUAUGUUUCAGGUUUAAUAAUCACUUUACUUUUCCUUAGAUAAUAUAUUUUACAUUGUUAUAACUUUGUUGCUUUUCUCUGAACCUCUCCUGUUAUUCAUCAUUUAAAAAAUGCUAAGGCUGUGACUUUUUCUUUAACAGGAGUCUAAUACCUAAUAAAGUAAAAGCAACAUUUGCUCUCUGGUUCUUACGUAUGAACUCAGAUCAGACUA